GCUGCUAUCCAAUUAACUUUAACCUCCACUUUGAAGGUCACCACUUUUGGUUGCACCGAGGCAUGACUCUCGUUGCCAGAACGAAGAGUCUGAAGCAGGAACAUGCGUGCCUUCAAUUAAUAACGCAAUCAUUCAAUCGACGCAUUGAACCGCGCUAGCUACGACUUCACAGUGAUCAUCAGUGCGAUUAAUUAGACGACGUAUGUAUAAAUUCGAUACACGAACGAUGAAAAAUUCUAAUAUUUAUAGAAAUAGAAUGGAAGUUUUCGGAGAUACGAUUAGUGGAGUUUCGUGUUCGCGAGUAUACAAAGAUAAUCGCGGAAUGAGUCACUCUUUCUUGAGGGCCCGGCUUCGCGAAGCGUGACACGUCCUAGCUUUGUUGUUUACGUUUAACUGAUUCUAUGCUCGUUACGUAAGUAUCCUUUUAGUACCGUUCCACGUAGUACGUUCGAAACCGUGGCGAUUCGAUGCAUUUGGAAUAAUUCGUAAACGGAACUAGAAAUGCCUAGAAAGCCGCGCGCGACCAUUGAAAAUGAUUAAUAUAUCGAGUAAUCGUUAAUCGGUUGAACCUCGAUACGUUUCAAUCGUUUCUCUCUACAAUCUUCGAUCACGAAGUUCUUUCCUAUCUUUUUUUUCUUGUUUCGAGUAGUUUCGCACUAAAGUCGUGUCACGCGAUUUUGUUAUUAGGAUUGAUCGAAUCGGUGCGAUCGAGUCCGUGACUCUGAAUCGAACGCGCCUAACGAACAAAGGUAUCUGUCGUUCGAGCAUCGCGUUAUACUCAUUACCAAGCUGAAGAACAAUAUGCUGCGAAUGUACGCUCCAAGAGUUUCUUUAUGUCUAUGAAUAGAUGUAGAGGCACGAGGGUAGGAGAAGUAACGAACAGAGAAACGGUUCUAACGUAAUCGCAACCGGCUUUGGAGAGCUCUCUUUACAUUUUGUAUAAGAGAGUAGUGCCGCUCGAUGGUAUCCUCAGUCAAGUCCGGAUCAUCGAAUAUUCAAUGAAAUUUCGUCGGCCAAGUGUUCCGUUUUAAUAGUACUUGAUCGAACACGGCGAAAACCAUCGCGUUUCAGAAGUUGAUCUAAUAUCGAUAAAAGUUGAUUUGUACGCGUAUACUAACCGGUGAAGUUGGUUCGGUCAGGGCGACGGAUCGUUAUCGAUGACACCGAAAUGCUCGGACAACGAGAACAUCGUACAUUUUUAUCGACUUUAUUUUACGUCGUCAAUGUCCUCUACCGAUGUUCACGAUUCCCUUGUCUGACGAUCGAUAAUCGUCUAGCAAUCGUUACCAAUGAUUGUUAUAGGAGGAUAUCGAUCGGUUCGAAAUUGGCCGAUACGGACGUUACGUUUCAAUCGACUGCAAGCAGUUUAACGGAAUGCGAAGAACAGUGUUCGAAACUUGGAAACGUUUGCGAAGCAUUUUCAUUUGGCGUCGGCGUAAAAGGUAACGGUAGUUGUUCGAUCACCGAUCGAACACCACCGUUUGAAAAUUUAUCGACUCAUCCAGAUUACGACGUUUACGUGAAAAAGCAAUGGAUUUCGCCACAGUGCGAUUCCGACUACCUCUACGGAAGCUUUAGAUCAGAAACAGGAGCUCGUUUAACUAAAACCGAUGAAACGAGUAACGAACAGAACGUCGCAAAUACUAACGGUACCUCGUCAACCUUCAUACCAUGGCCUUUUUUCCUAUCUGUACCACCGAUUAACGCCAAAUCACUUUCCAGAAGCAGAGAAGACACGGCAAAUUACAAACUUCUCGGUAUCUAUGAUCAAUCUAUCAAUCACCACGGACGUUUUCUUUCCGGUGACGACAGUCGUAAUAGAAUUCUAGACAGUCUUGCGAAUAGAAAUGAAAGAACAGCAUCGAGCAGUCUUUUCGUUAGAAUUUGUCAUCGGAAAAUACAAGCUGGCAAGAAGAUGGUAAAACUACUCGCUGAACGUGUGAUAAAUUGCGAGAAGCUUCAAGAUUGUUGUCGGGCUUGUGCUUACGAAAAAUCUUUCGUUUGCAGAGGUUUUAAUCACAGACACGGAACGGACGAUUCCCGAUGUACGUGCGAAUUGACGUCGGCUUCGUAUUCUCGCAUGGACGCCGACGACGAUUUCUUAGUUGACACCGACUACGAUUAUUACGAGAGAGAACAGAAUUGUCUGCCUUCGACGCAAUUCGACGAUGGAUCGCGCUGGAAGAAUGAUCCUUCUGAACAUUACGAGCGGACUAAACCGGAAACGUGGUUGAACGCGAAAAACGCGAACGAAGAUCGUUACCAUGUAUCGUCGUCCGCGAUAGAUCAUCAUACACCGAAUCGUGAACUCGAUUACGGACCCGCACGAUUCCAACAAUUCCAUUACGAGGAUUCUCUCGGUUUCAUUCCCCAGGAAAACACUCGAAACCGGAACGUUAACUGGAAACAACGUUUUCAAAAUCACUAUCCUGAUUUCGUCGACCACGAUACGUUUCCCGAAUAUCCUGUAAAUUACGAUAAAGUAUCUUACUCGGACGCAAGAUCUCCGAGUUCGAUUAAACCUCGACUCGAAAAUCGACUUCUGUUCGGACAAAAUAGAUUUUCCGUUUCGAACACGGACGAAUACCCCGAUGGAAGACAUCUGAAUUACGGUAACGCGUUCGGAUACAACGACAACUACGUAUCCGCUAAAAAGCAAUCGGUUCACGAAGAACGCGAUCAGCUAUCAACGACACGAAAAUGUUCGAUCAAAACUAUCACCGGUUCGAAAUUGAGCAGAAACGUGUUACGAAAAACUUGCUUGACGCACGAUUUCGAACAAUGCGAACAACUGUGUACGAACGAAACAGACUUCCCUUGCGAAAGUUUCGCUUACAGGUACCACGCGUUAAUUACCGAUCCGACCGAUAAUUGUUUAUUAAGCGAUCUCUCCUACCAAAAUAUCAAUUUUUAUACAGAUAUUGAACCUGAUCGCGAUUACAAUAGUUACAUAUUUAUACGAGAUCCAAAGAAGAUUCGCUAUUCGAAACACUCGACGAACCUGCACCCUUCGGAAGAGUGUUUCUCAAGAAUUCGAAGCGGAUACGCCAUUCCCACUGAUAUCACGAAACAAUUGUUGUUCGUUGGUGAUUUGGGAGAAUGUCAGUUCGCGUGUACAAGGUCCCAAGAGUUUGUCUGCAAAAGUCUCGUUUUUAAAUACGCGACAGAAUCGGAACAUCGUAGCCGAGUCGACGAACGCGAACCUCCGAAUUGUUUCUUGACCGAUUCGUCUUCGGAACAAAUCAAUCCCGUCGAUAUGUUCGACAUGGAUGGGGCCGAAUUAUACGAGCGAAACAGCUUUCCUUACGAUCGCGAAAAGCAUCCGCAUUCGUAUUCGUUCCCGUUGUCGACGUCGAAUAUCCUUUCACCCGGUAACACCGAAGAAUCGUCGUCGAUUCGUACGGAUGAGCGUUGUUAUUUCGAGCAUCACAGGCCAUGUAAAUUAAUGCCUCAUGCGAUAAUAUCUUCGACGAGGACUAUCACGAAACCAGAGUGCCAACAAAGAUGUUCGACAACGAGAAACACAGCCGCAACGCCUUGCAUGUCUUUCAAUUAUAUAAUAAACGCCGACAACGCCGGAGAUAAUUGUUUGUUCAGCGAUAUAUCGAUGCAAGAUCUAAGACCAAAUCUGGACUAUGUUUACGACAAUGGCCAUCUGCUAUACUCGUGGAAAGAUUUUGAUCCGUAUUGCAGCGUACCGACGAAUCAUUUUCACGCGAUAAACGUUACACCGGCUGCGGCGUUCGAAAAACACGAUCGUCCAUAUUGGUUCACGACAUCGAAUCGAUCGAGGCCGCAGGUUCAUCCGUUCAACGCCGAUAUUCCAAUUGCCAUUCGCGACCCUACCACUCGAGCUGAAACUACCAAGUUUCAAUUCGAAUCUUAUCGACACAAUUUCGAUCACGACUCGAAUAAUAUCGAGAACGGAUCUCUAUACGGCUCUACCGGUUUCGAACGUGAUUUCACGUUUCAUCGCUCGAAAGAGCUUUCCACGUUUCAACGGUACACGGUAAAUGGUUAUCCUUGCAAAAACGCCACUGUUUGUCAACGAAACGAAAUUACUGGAUUUUGGUCUUGCGAAAUCGAACAAGGUGAACACGGUAGUUGGGAUUAUUGUUGCGAACCUGACCAUCGAUGUGGAUUUUCUCGAGGAUAUCAUUAUCCCUGGUGUUACGUGGGCAUGAACGAAGAUCAAUGGAGGCCUUGUAGCGAAACAUAUUAUCCAUAUUUUUUAUCGAAAAAUCGUUCGCUGUAUCGUCAAUCGCCAAAAUAUAUUGCUCGCCAUUGGCCAGUGAUUUACUUUCACGAAAUGCAACCGCCAAACUGCUCUAUGGAUAAUUCAAAUAAUCGAAUUUCCUACCUAAAUCAACGAUUUACCAAGAUUCGUAGAAAUCGUCUACAUUAGAGUAAAUCGAUUGCCCAUUCAGUCUAUUGCUUUCGCAUUACAAAUCUAUGUUUUGUACUCGCAUUAAUUAUAAAUAAACGUUUAUAACUAAUCCUGUA